UUUUGUAGUUUCUCUACAAUAUAAAUCAAAUAACAUUUAAACAUGCAAAAUAAUCUGGAUCUUAACUCAAUACAACUGCAUUUAACGGAACAUAUGAAAAAGUUAUCAAUAGCGACUAACGGCCCAGAAGAUUAUAAAGGCUAUCAAUUCAUGCCUGGAUUUGGUUUUGAAGCCACUAAGUAUGCCUACGAUGAAUGGAACAUCCCUGAAAAUUCAGUUUUUGUCUCAAGCUUUCCAAAAACAGGUACGGCAUGGUGUAUGGAAAUUGUGAAACAAAUAUUAUAUGGCAGAGAUGAGAAACUUCUAGAUAUGUAUCUUGCUGUUCCGAUGCCAAUGUUUCUGUUAGAAAUGAGUUUCCCGGGAAAAUUCGAUGUGUUUGACAAACUACCGCAUUCGACAAAAGUGUUUGCGACUCAUUUACCAGUGGAACUUUUCAAUUAUGAGAAAAUGAGAAGAUCAAACAGUAAGAUGAUAUACGUCAUGCGCAAUCCCAAAGAUCAAGCUGUUUCCUGGUUUCAUUUCUCCAAGAAAAUACCACUGCCUGAUGAAACUAAGAAGCAAAUGGGAGAAGAGUGGAAUAAAUUUUUCCAUAAUUACGUAAAUGGACAACAUCCACAAUGCAAUAAAGAAGGUCAGUGGUAUCCAGACCACAUCAAGGAAUGGAUGAAAUAUAAAAAUGAUGAAAACUUUCUUGUGGUUGUGUACGAAGAUAUGAAAACGAAUUUUCAAAGUGAGAUUCGUCGAAUCGCUAAGUUCUUAGACGUAGAUCUUGGCCACAAUGAUGUCGCUAAUGUUGCUGAAGUAUGUUCUAUCAAAUCGAUGAAGGAACAAGCAGAUGUUGAGAAAACAGGAUUUUUGAAGAUUAAUGUACGAAAAGGAGAGAUCGGUGGGUGGAAAAACCAGUUCACAGUGGCGCAAUCUGAACUAAUGGAUAAGCUGAUAAAAGAACAACUAGGCGACACUGGCAUCGAAUUCACAUACGAGAUAUGAUUGAAUGGGAACUGAACCUCGUGAUCACGAAUAAAGCAAAAUGACUUUGGUCACACUUAUCGUCGUUUCGUCUUUUUUACCAACUUUCAAGACAUCAAUUUUUUCAUUAAUGUUGUAUUUUACAUGCCGAAAAAUAUAUUACUCGGUAAGCAAGCAAAUGAAAACACUCAAGUUUAAUGAAAAGUCAGUUGACUUCUAGUUGACUAGAAGAUAUUUACGCCCAAGAUAAGAAAACAAAGCGUUUAGUAACAAAGGAUCGUCUCACAAGAGGUCGAAAACACGUAGAUAUAAGCGUUUAAGCCAUUUGGAAUGAAUGCUGAAACUUCAAUUAAAUAUGGCCACGUGUGUGCUAUCAAAACCUAUGAAAUAAAGGCAUCCAUGCAAAACAGUGCAACAUGAUUGGGUGAGCGAAUGUUUAUAAAACAAUAUUUACAAACAAAUGUACUAACAUUACACACAUACAGCAACACAUAUUGUUGCAGAGAUAGGUAAACGUUUAUAAUAAUGGGUAGAUUAUCAUUUAGCUUAAUGUUGAUGAAUUAUCAAAAAAAGGCCAUUUUGAUCACAACAGGAACAAGGAGUAGGACAAACGAAUGUACUUACAUUACAAACAUACAGUAUCACAUCUUGUUUGAAGUUAUAGAUAUAGAUGGAGUUGGCAGAUAUAGGAAAACGUCCAUAAUGAUGGUUAGAUUAUCAUUUAGCUAAAUGUUGAAGAAUUAUUAAAAAAAAUCAUUUUGAUCACAGCAAGGAGUAGGACAAACAAAUGUACCAACGUUACAAACAUACAGCAUCACAUUAUGUUUGGAGUUGGGGAUAUAGGAAACAGUUAUAAUGAUGGGUAGAUUACCAUUUAGCUGAAUGUUAAAGAAUUAACAAAAAAUGUCAUUUUGAUCACACCAAGAGGUAGGCAUCAUUUUAUCGAACUUUUCUGCUUGGUAUUAUACUACUCCUCGCAUUUCUCGGUCUGUCACCCAACAA